AUGGAAUGUUCCUGUCUGUCUCUCUACAGUGUGGUGGGCCCUGCCCUGACAUUCCGUGUUCGCCCCAACAGCCAGAACUUGAGUGCUGAAGACGUGGCAGAGAAAGCCGUUGCAGAGAAGAACUUUCUGGAGUCUGAAACUGCUCUGAAGAUCCUGCAGACAGGUGUCGGUGAGAGAACUGAUGGGCGGGGCUUACCUCAGGCCACCCGGGUCCGAGAUGGCUCCCGUUGGGUGUUCAUGACCAUGGUGGGCGUGGCCUGUGUUGGCGGGAUCCUGGUGGCGACAAUGACCAUCGUCUGCCUGCGUCGCCACACCAACCGCCUGGCGUCUGAGAAGCUAGGCCUGGGCCCAGAGGGAGGCAGCGUUACACACCAGGAGUACCAGGACCUGUGUCGUCAGCACAUGGGAUCCAGGGGACUCUUUGAGCGUCAGGAGGGGGCAGGAGCUGCGGGGGGCGGUGGGGGUGCUGGUGGUGCUGGUGGUGGUGGUGGUGGAGGAGGAGGAGGAGGUGGUGGUGGUGGAGGAGGUACGGACACGUCCAGGGUGAGCAGUGUGUCGUCCCAGUUCAGUGACGCGCCCCAGCCCAGCGAUGCGCCCCAGCCCAGCCCGAGCUCCCACAGCAGCACCUCUUCCUGGUGCGAGGAACCAGCGCAGACCAACAUGGACAUCUCCACCGGUCAUAUGAUCCUGGCUUACAUGGAGGACCACCUGAAGAACAAGGACCGUCUGCUGAAGGAGUGGGAGGCCCUGUGUUCCUACCAGGCUGAACCCAGCACCAUGUCUGUGGGGCAGAGUGACACCAACCUGAAGAAGAACCGCUGCCCUGACUCUGUGCCCUAUGAUCACUCCAGGGUGAAGAUGAAGGCGGAGAACAACCCCUCCAGGACCGACUACAUCAACGCCAGCACCAUAAUUGAGCAUGACCCCCGGAUGCCAACGUACAUCGCCACCCAAGGACCCCUGUCUCACACCAUCGCCGACUUCUGGCAGAUGGUUUGGGAGAAUGGCUGCACGGUGAUAGUGAUGAUGACAGCCCUGGUUGAGGACGGAGAGAAACAGUGUGAUCGCUACUGGCCUGACGAGGGAUCCUCCCUAUACCACAUCUAUGAGGUGAACCUGGUUUCGGAGCACAUCUGGUGCAAUGACUUCCUGGUUCGUAGUUUCUACCUGAAGAACGUCCAGACCCAGGAGACCCGCACACUCACCCAGUUCCACUUCCUCAGCUGGCCUGCCCAGGGUAUCCCCACCUCCACACGCACCCUACUGGACUUCCGCAGAAAGGUGAAUAAGUGCUACAGAGGCAGAUCUUGUCCGAUCAUUGUACACUGCAGUGAUGGUACAGGCCGGACUGGCACCUACAUCCUGAUUGACAUGGUUCUGAACCGCAUGGCCAAGGGAGUGAAGGAGAUUGACAUUGCUGCUACCCUGGAACACGUCCGUGACCAGAGACCAGGGAUGGUGCGCACCAAGGAACAGUUUGAGUUUGCCCUGACCGCUGUGGCGGAGGAGGUGAAUGCCAUCCUGAAAGCCCUGCCCCAGUGAAACCAACUCGAUCCAGACCUGCCUACCUGCCUGUACCACAGACCCCCCCCACUCAAUGAUCCUUCCCUUGCGCCAUGGAAUUAUAUCUGCAAUCAUCAACUGUGUCUUACCUCACCUUUUCUCUACAAUAUGGUGUAGAAUGACCAAGCUGUCCUUUGUGCUUUCUCUCCUGUUUGAAUGAUGCCUUUGAUUUCUUGCUAUUCUCUGUGGUGGUGAUGAGGAAGAGGGUGUUUCUGUCCUCCGACAGAGUUCCCUUGUGAACAGUGUCCAGGUUAUUGGGGUGAGCUGAGAUGGCGUAUUGUUCUCUCAAAGGUAGAUAGAAAUCAUCAUAUUUUAACGUUUUACAUCAAAGAACUAUGUCCUUUUCAGAGUGUCAUCACAAAGGUUUCGGCUGUGUUUGGUGAAUGAGGAUGGAUGUGAGUCAAGAAGGCUUGCCAGCUGUCACUCUCCGAUUCUCCCUGCUCCUCAGAGCGUAUUUGUUUACAAUUGACCCAAAUCUCAAACCCUGCUCAUUCACAUUCCAUGUUCUCGUGUUUUACUAACUCUAGGUAAAAUGACUAACCCAUACUUCCCUCUUCUCUUCCUGUGCCAUAUAGAUUGUUGUAAAUUAUUUGUUCAAUUAUUGUUGUUUACCUCAAGCAAACCAGAAAAAAAUAAACAAAAAAUGUUAAAAUAUGAAAAAUGCCUAUUUUGUAACUUUGUGUGGUAACUAAUAAACGUUGAUGUGUCUGUUGCAAAUGCUUAA